GUCUUCCUAAUAAUGUGAUUUUAUUAAUAAGCUAUUGAAUAGUAUCAUCCAUCACAGAAUCACUCUUUGUUUCUGAUGGAUCUGAUGUUUAACUUGAUUUUUCAACAUAAAUUAUUGGGUUACACAUUGUUUAAUCUAAUUGUUUUUCGUUCAUGGAUAUUUAUCUUCUGGUUGAUUUUUGACAAGGAAUCAGAAUGAAUACUUUUUAGACUAUUGUUGUAUGAGGUUAACCAUGGAUGAAUGAUCAAUUUGUCAGGUGGAAGCUCAAUUAAAUUUUUUGAAGAAGGAAACGCAAAACUACACCUCCAGAUGUGCAAUGGAAGCUAAGAAGUUGGUGGAGGAUGUUGAGAUAGAAACCCAUAAUGUAUAUAUUGUGGAAAGAGAAGUGGCAGAUGUUCUGGAGACGUCCAAAUUGAAGUUGCAGGAAGCAAUCAAGCAAAAUGAGGAAGAAAUUCAGAUAUGUGCUUGGGAACUCUAUGCUUUGGUUGAUUCAGUUUCGAAAUACAAAGAGCACAUGGCAUCAAAAAUUUCAGAGAUGAAGAGCAACCUUUCAGAAACAGCAGGAGCUGUAUCAGAUUCUUACAAAGGCUCCUUGUCAGCACAGUUUGGUAUCACUUUGGAUACAAGCCACUGACCCAAUAGAUUAUUCCUUUCUGCGACACAAGUUCUUUUUCUUUUUCCUUUUCUUUUAGGGUAAUGGACUGAUUUGUAUUGUAUGUAUACUUGUCUUAAAUAUUUGGUACUAGCAACUUGCCCUAUGGUAACAAUUUGGCUUGGGUUGAGAAUGGUAUAAAGAUGAGCCUAGGAUUGACAAUGGAGCAUGGGAUGGAUCUGAAGGUUCAAUGGAAAUUUGUUCAAUAGGGUUUUGGCAGGUGAGAAAAUGAAAAUGGAUUAUGGAA